AUGGCGACCAGUGAUGGCGGCACACAACCGCCGGUGAUUACCGACGCCAUGAUUGCGGAGGAGGAACGCUUGCGUCAACAGAGCGAGGCCUCGCUCGAGUCAGAGCGCGCAAAGGCACGGGAAGAGUAUGACGACAUGGUUCAGCAGCAGCGCUUUGCGCGCCUCAAGCAUCUUCUGGAGCGGAGCUCCCUGUACACUGACUUUCUCUACAAGCGCAUGCAAGCACAGAAGGAGGAGGAAGCACGGCGCAAGGCGAAAAAACAGAAUAAGGAGAAAAAAGCAGACGAUGGCCCCAAGGCUUCAACCGCUCCCACCACGCGCCAACACGAGACGUCCUCUGGCGCUGGUGGCAAGCGCACGGCGACGCGGAACGGCGCUCCAGCUGCCAAGAGUGGCAAGACCAAUCGCCCAGCGCACGCUGGCAAAAAUCGCGCGCUGCGCGAUGAUGGCAACUAUAAAAUCACGGAUUACGUCAAAGAGGACGUCAUGGAGGAGGCACACGAGACCCAUCAAGAUGAUGCUGUGAUGGACGUUGACAACACCAAUGCAGCCCAUCACGAACAACCCGCCCUGGUGACGGGUGGCCGCUUGCGUCCCUAUCAAAUUGCAGGGGUUGAUUGGCUUAAGGCGCUUUUUGAAAAUGGCCUCAAUGGCAUCUUAGCCGACGAGAUGGGUCUAGGCAAAACCCUGCAAACCAUUUCAUUCUUUGCCCAUCUCUACCAGCACAAGGUGCGCGGCCCCUAUUUGGUGGUGGCACCCCUCUCAACACUCAGCAACUGGCACCGCGAGUUUAGCAAGUGGGCGCCCUCGAUUCCCGUCGUGUUUUACCAUGGUCACCCAGAUGAGCGUGCUCAAUUGCGUCGCCAAAUCAUGAAGCAAAAUAAUGAACUCAAGUCAUUUGCCACCGUCAUCACCAGCUACGAAAUCGUUAUGCGGGAUCGCCGCUUCCUGCAGAAUUUGGCGUGGAAAUACAUUGUGGUUGACGAAGGCCAUCGGCUCAAGAACCUCAAUUGCCGCUUGAUCAAGGAACUGAAAUCCUACCAAUCGGCCAAUCGCCUGCUUUUGACGGGCACCCCGCUACAGAACAAUCUUUCCGAACUCUGGUCUUUGCUCAAUUUCCUGCUUCCAGAUAUCUUUGAUGAUUUGGACAGUUUCCAGCGCUGGUUUGAUUUUUCCGACAUGGAGGGAGAGGACGCACAAUCCGCGCUCAUUGCCAAGGAGCAGGAAGACCAAGUGCUUGGCAAACUUCACCAGAUCCUGCAGCCCUUUGUCCUCCGCCGCCUCAAGACGGACGUUGAAGUGGACAUUCCUCCCAAGAAAGAAAUUGUUUUGUACGCCCCCCUCACACCCAAGCAAUCAGAAUUAUACACUUCGAUCUUGGAUAGCACCAUCAUGGAGUCGAUUCAUAAGAGCGGCACCACGGAUACGCCUUCUUCCGACCAGAGCUCGGAUGGUCGCUCCUCUCCACAAUUGAAUCGCCAGCGAGCUGCCAAGUCGAAAAAGAAUUAUCGCGAGUUGAGCGAAACGGAUUUUUUCAAUCGUGCCCGCGAGGCGCCCGAUUAUCUUCCAGAGGCCAAGCCUGCCACGCUUUCCCGGGCUGAGCUGGCCCAGCGCAACAGCUCGGCAGUUGUCAACGUCAGCUUACAAAAUCGACUCAUGCAGCUGCGUAAGGUCUGCAACCACCCCUACCUUAUCGAAUACCCGCUAACGGCCACGGGGGACUAUCGCAUCGAUGAAGCCUUGGUGCAACAAGGUGGAAAGCUCAAGAUUUUGGACCAACUGCUACCGCGCAUCAAGGCGGAGGGCCGUAAGGUCUUAAUCUUCUCACAGAUGACCAAAAUGUUGGACAUUCUGCAAGACUACUGCUGGUUGCGGGAUUACGGCUUUGUGCGCCUUGACGGCUCUGUGCACUACACGGAGCGCGAGGAAGCGCUGGAUAAGUUUGCCAAGGAUUCUGAUACCUUUAUUUUUCUUCUCUCUACGCGUGCCGGCGGCCUGGGUCUCAACCUUGUCAGUGCCGACACAUGCAUCAUUUACGACAGUGACUGGAACCCACAGCAAGACUUGCAGGCGCAGGACCGCUGCCACCGCAUCGGUCAACGCAACCCGGUUAUCAUUUAUCGACUCAUCACUGCAAACACGGUGGAUCAACGCAUCCUGGAGCGGGCUGAGAGCAAGCGACGCCUCGAAAAGAUGGUCAUGCACAAGGGCCGCUUCAAAGGCAAGGGCAAGGAAGUCAACCAGCUUGCAGCCGAUGAGCUGCUCGAGCUAUUGCAAGACGAUGGUCGGGAGGUGUUACACGCUACCGAUGCGACGGUACUCUCCAAACAAGAGCUGAACCAAGUCUUGGAUCGCAGCUUUGGUGAUGCUUCGAAAGCCGCAGAUGACAAGGUCGCUGAGGGCAAGGCCUUUCGUGUGCUUGAUGUGGAUCAGGGACGCCAGACCUUGUUUUAG